AUGAUAGCUAAAACUACUAAGCAGAUAAAGAAGAUUCACAACCGAAUGCAUAUAGCCCAAAGCCGGCAGAAGAGUUAUGCUGAUCAAAGGCAAAAACCUUUGGAGUUCAAAGAAGGAGAGCAUAUCUUUCUGAAAGUUACACCAACUAUUGGAGUGGGAAGAGCUAUUAAGACUAAGAAACUGAAUCCCCGUUAUAUUGGAUCGUUUGAGAUCCUGAAAAGAAUUGGGCCAGCGGCUUAUAGAAUUGCCUUACCGCCGUAUCUUUCGAACUUGCACGACGUGUUUCAUGUAUCACAGCUUCAGAAGUAUACUCUAGACGCAAGUCAUAUUGUGGAACCGGAUCUAAUUCAGGUAAGAGAAGAUCUAACACUUCCAGUAAUUCCGGUGAGAAUUGACGACACUAGUAUUAAACGAUUGCGCGGGAAAGAAGUAUCAUUGGUAAAGGUAGCUAGGAGUCGAGCUGGUAUCAAAGAACACACUUGUGAACUCGAAUCAGAUAUGUGGAAAGACUACCCACAUCUCUUUUCAGGUAACUAA